UUCCCGAGACAAGCGGCGCGUUCCCUGCUGCUUUUUUCCUCUUCUCCCAUUCCAUUCGGCAUCCGCUUCUCGGUGGGCAACGCGACGGCGGCGGAAAGCCAAGGCCAACGAUGCAGCGCCUCUCCCGCUUCGUCCCCUCCUCCUCCAGGAGAGUCACUGACCUAAAGGAUGCUCUCUGGAGUGGUUCUUUGACUUUCCAACAUGCUCUUUCAACAUUUGCAGCAGACGAGAACACAUCUGGUAGAAAAUUUGCAAGCUACACCGUGUUCAAGGGAAAGGCUGCACUUUCUAUGCAACCCAUACUGCCAAGCUUCAGCAAACUGGAAUCUGGAGGAUCUCGUGUGAACAAAAAUGGAUCGGUGAUGUUGACUUUUUUCCCGGCUGUGGGACAAAGGAAAUAUGAUUAUUCAAAGAAACAGCUCUUUGCUCUGUCACCUACUGAAGUCGGAAGCUUGAUAAGUCUUGGGCCUGCUGAAUCUUGUGAAUUUUUCCAUGAUCCCUCCAUGAAAUCAAGUCAUGAAGGCCAAGUGAAAAAAUCGUUGUCAGUCACUCCUCUCGGCAAUGACAGUGGAUACUUUCUGAAUAUAACUGUUCUGAACAACUUGCAGAAGACAACUGAGCGACUUUCACUCCCAAUCUCAAAAGCUGAGUUUACAGUUAUGCGCACAGCAUUGAGUUUCGCAUUGCCGCACAUCUUGGGCUGGGACCAGGCCUUGACUAAUCACCAGCCAAGUCCAUCACCAGCUAGCAAGCCCAGGGUGGAGCGCCCACACCCAGAUUCAGAGUGGGAAAGGUGAAGCUCCCUUGUAGGCACCAGCAGCAUGGAGGGAUUUGAACAUCAUCGCUACCAAAAUUUGGAUGCUGUUGCACUUUCUCCACGAAAUCGAAUUAGGAGAUAUCUAUUAGAUUCAUGGAGCUAAAGAUCGAAUGUCACAGAUUGAGCACACCAUGAAGGGUUGUGUUUGUUCAAUGCAUGUUUGAACUUCACCAGGCCUACUAGUUGCAAAAUUCUACUCCAGUUAGCUAUGCAUUGCGUUUGACACCUUGUGCCUUUUGAAUGUGUGACUUAUGUUAUUUGCAAAAUGGUGGAGUCUUACAAAACUACUCAAACGUAGUUGAGUGGUUAUGGCUUUAAAAAGCUAAACAAAAAACAUAUCUGUUUGUUAAGGCUCAAACUUUUUAUUCCACUGCAUCUUAAACUCACAUUCAUUUCCUUUUGAAUGUGACUUA